CGGUCACCAUCACCACGCCAGCGACCUAGGGGCGUACCAGAGGCGGACGAAGUGUAUGUCCUCACUGUUCAGACAGACAAGGGUCACCAUGAUCGCAUGACGCGGCUUCGCACCCGAUACUUCCCAGCACACCUUAACAAGUUAGAGGCGCACUUGACGCUCUUUCACGCCCUGCCUGCUAGCAAACUGCAGGGUAGCAUAAUACCUGCGCUCGAAGACGUUGCGUCUCGGACUUCGCCGUACAAGGUUGUGGCUUCCAAAGUAAUGAGGAUGAAACGCGGCAUGGGCAUUGUCAUCGCGAAGAACCAAGGUGCUUCGCAAACGCAGCAGGUUCAUCGUCAGCUGAAAGGUCGAUGGGAGGCUGAAGGCUGGUUGAGCGAGCAGGAUCGUGGAGGCUGCCAUGUGCACUACACUGUCAUGAACAAGGUCGACGAUGAAGCCGAAGUAAUUCAGGCGCAGCAAGAACUCGAGCGCACCUUUCGGGCUGAUACCGGUACUGCCGAAGGUCUAGGCCUGUGGAAGUACGAACGCGGAUGGUGGCACUGGGAACGAGGUUUUAGCUUCGAUGCUUCUCAGACUGUUGAU